AUGGAAACAGAUAAAUAUACGUUAAUUGUCCGGAAUUUGCAGGAGGUAGUAGGUGAUGAUGAACUUCAAGAAUUGUUAAAGAAACCAAAUUCAUCAGUAUCUGUGUAUUGGGGUACUGCAACAACUGGUAGACCGCAUAUAGCCUAUUUCGUCCCAAUUAUUAAAUUAGCUGAUAUGCUACAAGCAGGUGCAAAAGUCACUGUAUUGUUCGCUGACUUACAUGCAUAUCUAGACAAUAUGAAAGCUCCAUGGUCUUUACUUUGUCUUCGUACCAAAUAUUAUGAAGCUGUUAUAAAAGGAAUGUUCCGUUCAAUUUGUGUUCCAUUAGAUCGACUACAUUUUAUACGUGGAGCGGAUUAUCAGUUAACUGAAGCAUAUUCUAUCGAUGUAUAUCGUCUAAUGACUUUAACAUCAAUUCAUGAUGCACGUAAAGCUGGUGCAGAAGUUGUAAAACAAGUUAAUAAUCCACUUGUAUCAGGAUUAUUAUAUCCAUUAUUACAAGCAUUAGAUGAAGUACAUUUAAAUGUUGACAUACAAUUCGGUGGUGUAGAUCAACGUAAAAUAUUUAUGUUAGCUGAAAAAUAUUUACCUCAUCUUGGUCAUAAGAAACGAAUACACCUCAUGAAUCCAAUGGUUCCUGGAUUAACUGGAGGAAAAAUGUCUUCAUCAGAAAUCGACUCCAAAAUUGAUCUACUUGAUCCACCUGAAUUAGUCACCAAUAAAUUGGCAUCAUCUAUUUGUCCACCGAAUAUGACAGCUGAACAAGGCAAUGGAUUGUUGGCAUUUUUAAAAUAUGUAAUAUUUCCUUUAGUACCAUUGAGAACAGGUUUAUCAAUUCCACAAACUCCACGACCAUAUUUUAAUUUUGAUCAAGUUGAAAAAGAUUAUCUUCUGAAUAAAAUCACAUCCAAUGCAUUAAAAUCUGUUGUCACUGAUUGUUUAAAUGGUUUAUUAUCUACAAUUCAAAAUGAUUUUCAAGAUGUAACACUACAACAACUUGUCACAAAUGCUUAUCCAUCAAUUAUAGCUAAUGGCGAUAGUUCAAUGAAUGUUUCAGGCGCUGAAGAAGUUCCAACUGUGUUUACAACUGAAAAAUCUAUUCUACGGGAAAUUGAUAACCGAGUCAAUUCCAUACCAAAAAUUACAGAUCGGUCAACUUUGUUGGAUACAUUUGAAAAAGAAUUUGUGGGAUGUAAACCAUUGUUGGAGAAACGUGUCAAUCAAACAACGGCUAACGGUUGUUUACGAUGUUUAUGGUCGAUUACACCAAUUGGCUUACCACAUCUUGGUCAUUCCAUUCCGAUUCGAUCAUUUGCACGUUUAUCUCAUUUAAAUGGAGUUUAUAUUAUCAUCUUAGUGAAUAAUAUUUCUGCACAUCUACGUAGUGGCGGUGGCGCUGCUGCUGUUCCAUGGGAUGUAAUCAAACAACGUGGUGAAUUUUGUUCGACAAUCAUUACUGGUUUAUUCACUGCUCUUGGUGGUAAUCUAAAUCAGUUUAGUUGUAUAAUGGGUAGUGAUUUUCAAUUGAAUUCAGAAUACAUGUUAAAUUUCUAUCGUCUAAUUAGUUUAGUGCCAGAAACAGAUUGUUUACUAUCAAGUAGAUUAAUUGAAUCAACCACAAUCAAUCAAUCAAUGUUCAAUUCUCAUGUUGAUACGGACACUGUUCAUCACAAUAAUGAUAAUACUAAUAAUAACGAUAAUAAUCAUUCAUCUGUUCAAUCAUCAUCACUUAGUGAAUUAUUAUUGCCAUGUUUUGAUUUCAUUGAUGCAAUACAAUUGAUGGCAGAUAUACGGUUGGCUAGUUUAUCACAAAUCAAGAAACGUCAACUGUUUCAAUCUAAGUUCUUACAUCAUUUUCCGAAUUCCAUUGAAACUAUUCAUCUCACUCAUCCAAUGCUUAUUAGUCUUCAAGCGCCAACUAAUAAUCCAGUCGAUCAGUUACUAUCAUUUCCACCAAUGAAAUCAUGUCCAUUAUCUAGUCGGUGUACCGGUCCAACAUCGGCUAAAACAUUAGCUGCAUUGAUGGAAGAUCAUUAUUUGCCUCUGAUUGAACCACCGUCCACUAUAUCUGGUGGAUCCAUUGAAAAUGUUCCAUUGGCUGGAUUGAAACGUCGUAUUAAACGUGCAUUUUGUCAACCGAAUAAUAUUGAUGUUAAUCCUAUAUUGGAUAUAUGUCGUUGGGUGUUGAUUCCAGACUUGUCACCUGGAGAAUCAUUGAUUAUUCCACGUUCUGAGAAAAAUGGUGGACCAUUACACAUUCCAGCUACAUCACAGUCAUCUGGUAAUAGUAGUGGUCUUACACAGUAUGAUGUAUUGACAGAACACUUUGCCAAUGGUAAUUUACAUCCUGGAGAUUUAAAACCAGCUGUUGAGAAUUUCCUAUCCGCAAAUCAUGUGAAUAGUUUAGCUAAUCGUCUUAAGCAAUCAUUACCACAUUGGAAUGAAUUAAUGUUACUGUUGGAUAAAGCUUUUCCUUUGCCAAAAACACACGGUAAACAAAAUCAGAAAAAAUCCAAUACGAAACAACAUCAACAGCAACAAGCUAAUGCUGCUAAAUCAUCUUUAAAGAAUCAGUCAUCGCUAAACAAUACUGCCAGUCAACCAGAUUCGUUGAAUCAUUGGAAUAGUUUGUCUUCCGAAAAGGGUACACAACAACUACAACAGCAACAACCAGAAGUUGUUCCCACGUUAAAUGGCACUACAAUGUUACCAUCAUCAACUUUAUGCGUGAAUUCUUCAGAUGAACUCAAUCCAAAUCGUUUAGAUAUACGAAUUGGUUUAAUUUUAUCAGUUAAAAUACAUCCAAAUGCUGAUAGUUUAUUUAUUGAAGAAGUAGAUUUUGGUUCAACAAUUGGUAAACGUACAGUGAUUAGUGCAUUAGCUGGUGUUUAUCCAAUGGAAAAACUACUCAAUUGUUAUGGUGUAUUUGUGAUUAAUUUGAAACCAGUAAAAAUUCGUGGAAUUGAAUCUCAGGCAAUGUUACUUUGUGUAUCCUAUACCGAGAAGAGUUCAUCAUUACUCAAAGUACAACCAUUACAUUUAUGGAAUAAACAAGAUGCUGUAUUAGGUGAACGUUUUGUAUUUCAUUCAAUUGAUAAUGAUGAUGAUGAUGACAAGUCGUUCAAUUCACCGAUGACAAUAUCAUCAUCCUCUACAUCCCCAUCAUCAUCGCUAUUCUUUAGAGAACCAGAUAAAUUAUUAUCAUCUAAAACGAAAUUAUGGGAAUAUUUAUGUCCAGAUUUAGCAAUUGCACCAGUUGGUCAAUUUAUUCAUUGGCGUAAUUGGCGUUUAGGUUCUAUAAAUCGGAAUAAAUGGAUUACUGUAUCAGAUGAUGUACCGCCUGGUUCAACAGUUCGUUAA